AUGGCUCGCGCAGCGGUUGGUAAAAUGUCGUGGGAAGGAUAUGCUCUGCUCUCGGCUCGGGACGCGAACCCCGCCUUUAUCCCGACCUUCAUCUAUGGCACAGCCUGGAAGAAGGAUCAUUCUGCGGACCUCGUCCACCAAGCAAUCAGCGCUGGUUUCCGUGCCGUUGACACUGCCGCCCAGCCGAAACAUUAUCGGGAAGACUUGGUAGGCGACGGCAUACGUAGAGCCAUCGGCGAUGGAGUCGUCCGUCGGGAAGAUCUAUACAUCCAGACGAAGUUCACAUCUGUUCAUGGCCAAAGCCCGGACGAUAUGCCGUACAACCCGAAGGACAGUAUCACAGACCAAGUUCACGCGUCUGUAAAGUCAUCUCUUUAUAAUCUUCGGCCAGCCGCUGUGCCUGAGAGUGCCGAUGAGGCAUAUAUCGACACUGUCGUCCUCCAUUCCCCUCUUCCCACCAUGGCCCAGACAUUGGAAGCAUGGACGGCCUUAGAAACAUAUGUCCCCCAUCUUAUCCGCAAUCUGGGCAUAUCAAACACCACUCUUCCCAUCCUCAGGGAGCUCUCAUCCUUGGUCAAAGUGAAGCCAGCUGUGGUGCAAAACCGGUUCUACGGCGGCACGCAGUUCGAUGUACCGCUGCGCGCCUACUGUCGAGAGAGACAACUGGUCUAUCAAAGCUUUUGGACACUGACAGCGAAUCCGGAAUUGGUUCAAUCCCGACCGGUCUUGUCUCUGUCCAGGGAAGCCCGAGUGUCUUCGGCUGUGGCCUUGUAUGGUCUGAUCCUGGGACUCGGACGCACGACAAUCCUAAACGGAACCACGAAGAAGGCGCACAUGGAGGAAGACCUGGCUGCACUCCAAAGCCUGGAGCGGUAUUCCAAGGAGAAUCCCGAUGACUGGCAAAGUUAUCUUGAAGAUUUCCAGCGAGAUAUUGGGGAUCAUGUCUUGUUGCAGUGA